AUGCUUAAAGCAAUUAAUUUCAAUUAUUUAAAAGCGAGUUCAACUUCUAUAUUAACUCGCACCUUUCAUACCUCGCGACCUACCUUUAGGGUGAUAGCUACUCAACCUUUAAGAGCUAAAGAUGCACCAGUGAUGAUCGAUCAUACAUAUGACGCGAUUGUUGUUGGAGCAGGUGGAGCAGGUCUUCGUGCUGCUUUUGGUCUUGCCGAGGCGGGGUUUAAUACUGCAUGCAUUACAAAAUUAUUUCCUACAAGAUCUCAUACAGUCGCUGCACAGGGUGGUAUCAAUGCUGCUCUAGGUAAUAUGACUGAGGAUGAUUGGAGAUGGCAUAUGUAUGAUACGGUAAAGGGCAGUGAUUGGUUAGGUGAUCAAGACGCAAUACAUUACAUGUGUCGUGAAGCACCUAGGACAGUGAUUGAACUUGAACAUUAUGGUGUUCCUUUUUCAAGAACUGAAGAUGGAAAGAUUUAUCAAAGAGCUUUUGGCGGUCAAACAGAUAGAACUGGUCAUGCACUUCUUCACACAUUAUAUGGACAAUCAUUAAAACAUAAUACAAAUUUUUUUAUUGAAUAUUUUGCACUUGAUUUAUUAAUGGAGGAUAAUGUUUGCCGUGGUGUCAUAGCCCUUAAUCAAGAGGAUGGGACUUUGCAUCGUUUUCGUGCUCAUAAAACAAUUUUAGCUACUGGUGGUUAUGGGCGUACCUAUUUCUCGUGUACAAGUGCUCAUACUUGCACUGGUGAUGGAAAUGCCAUGGUUGCUCGUGCUGGUUUGCCUUUACAAGAUUUGGAAUUUGUUCAAUUUCAUCCUACUGGAAUUUAUGGUGCUGGUUGUUUAAUUACUGAAGGCGCUAGAGGUGAAGGUGGAUAUCUAUUAAAUAGUCAAGGUGAACCUUUUAUGGCACGUUAUGCACCAUCUGCGAAGGAUUUGGCAUCACGUGAUGUUGUUUCACGUUCAAUGACGAUUGAAAUCAGGGAGGGUCGUGGAGUUGGUCCUGAUGCAGAUCAUAUAUACCUACAACUUUCGCAUCUGCCAGCUGAAGUAUUACAUGAACGUUUGCCAGGAAUUUCAGAAACUGCUGCUAUUUUUUCAGGUGUCGAUGUCACAAAAGAUCCAAUACCAGUGUUACCAACUGUUCAUUAUAAUAUGGGUGGUAUUCCAACUCGUUAUACAGGUGAAGCUUUGACUGUUGAUGAGAAUGGUAGGGAUAAAGUUGUUCCUGGUUUAUAUGCAGCAGGUGAGGCAGCAAGUGUAUCAGUUCAUGGAGCAAAUAGAUUAGGAGCCAACUCGCUACUUGAUAUAGUUGUGUUUGGACGUGCUUGUGCACAUCAUAUUCGUGACACAUUGGAACCAGGAACACCUCAUAAACCUUUGUCAUCAGAUUCUGGUGCUAGUUCAAUUGAGAAUCUUGACAAACUUCGUAAUGCAGAUGGAAGUUUGCCAACUGCUGAUAUUAGAUUAAACAUGCAAAAAGUUAUGCAAAGGGACGCUUCUGUAUUUAGAACACAGAAAGUUUUAGAUGAAGGUGUGAAGAAUAUCGAUAAUGUCUUUAAGUCAUUUAAAGAUGUUAAAGUUACAGACCGAUCGAUGAUUUGGAAUUCUGAUUUGGUUGAAACACUUGAAUUACAAAAUCUUUUAACAAAUGCAGCACAAACAAUGAAUGCUGCUGCUGCUCGUAAAGAAUCUCGUGAUCAAGAAACUGGUGAAGUAACUUUGAGUUAUAGAGCUGUAGCAACAAAAUCCUUGGAUGAAAAUGAAUGUAAAAGUGUUCCUCCUAAAGCAAGAUGA